GUGGAGCUGGCGAGGAGCCCCUGAGCGCAGCCCACGUCUUUCACCGCCACCCCCAGCAGCCCCGCGGUGCGGAGGCAUUUUGCCGAAGCUUACCCCUUCCCCUACCAUCCCUACCCCUUUCCUCUGUCCCGCAGGAUGGCGGAGAGACCCCCCAGCCGCCCCAGGGUGGCCUGGGAGGAGAACAGGGCUCCCCAGGAGAGCAGCUCUCCACCGGAGCCCCACGAGGUGUGCGUGCCCAAGCCGUUGCAGAUCGGUGCCCCCUCUGCCGCUUCCAGCUGGCUGGCUCUGUACAGAAAGGAAAAAGAAUCCAUGCAGUUCAUCCAGGUUUUUCUAAAGAGCUCCGAAAAGGAGACGGCCCAGAAGAUGCGGUUCCUAGAGACCAUCUGCACCCUGUGCAAAGCUGCCAGGUGCAAGGGCUUGUCACGGGGCCUGAACGCGUUCUGCCACAAAUUUGAGCUGGCAGAGAAUAUCAAGGCGCUGCUGGAAGAGGAGCCCAGGGACCACCUGCAGACAGCGGUGCGGCAGCAAGCUAUGCUUGCCAUCGCUGCCUUGAGCAAAGUGGAGAUGGUGCUAGAGGGCAAAAAGAAAAGCCUCUUAGAAGCCUGCUUCAAGAGUGUCUUCUUGCUUCCUCCAAAAACAGACAUGCAGGGCCUGGACACUACUCUCUACUUUGAGACCCUGGACGCCAUGGACACCAUGCUGCGGACGUUGGUGCUCAGCUCUUCUGCCUCUGGCUUCACAGAGCUGCAGACAAUCUUACAGAUGCUGCUGACCUUCACCAACUGCCAGAGUGCAGUUGUGUGCGAGAGGGCCGUGGGGAGGAUUGGGAGGCUGAGCGAUUUGCUGGCCAGCUGUUCCUCCGUGGAGGUCUGGAGCAUCUUUGUAGGAGAUGAUGCCAGCCCUGCCUGCCACACAGAGAUCCAUAUGCCCGUGCUGGGACAGCUGCUGGGGCAUCUCAUCCUCUGCCGCACUUGCAAGAGCUGGGAGAUCAGCUGGGUUGCUUUGGAUGCUCUUCAUCACCUCUUCAGAUUCAUCCUGCAGCAAAAAUGCACGACACUGCCAGAGGAUAAUGCAGAGCAUCCACAGCGUCAAAGGGAACAGGAAGCUGCGAUCACCUCCUGGCUUUCUUUGCCCAGCACCAGCAACACUACAAUGGCGUUUGGAAAAUACCUCCAGCCUUCUGAGAGGACAGACAUCGUCCUUGUGGCCAUUGAGGCCAUGAGAGACUCAAGCAUCUAUGACAAGGAGGAGGCGAGCAGCAUCCUGGAUGUGGCUGUGAGAGAACCUGCCUCCUGGCUGACGGAGGUGCCAAACAUCAUGAGGUGCAUCUAUGAAAACAUGGAGCACGUCCACACAGCGUCAGCCCGGCACAGCCUGGACCGCCUUCUUCUGCUGAUGACUGACCAGUGCCCCAUGGAAGUGGUCACGAGCCUGUUGAAGCUCUCUCCAUCUUGUGAUAGCGCUGCUCUGGCCAUGUGGGAUGUGAUGCUUUCCCAGCCCCACACCUUGGAGAAGGUCUUGAGGGAGCUACUCAGCAAGCUCCAGGACCAGCAGCUGCGCAGGGUGUUCAGCUCCAACACAGAGGACGCCUGCAUCCAUCACUUGGCUCUGCUGGCCUCCAGCGACAUUAAACCAGAGGAGUUUGCUGGCCUGUACAAAGUCCAUAGGUACCUGAGGCGUCCAAGCCUGGCGCUGCUCUCACUGGUGCUCAGAGGCCUCGUCACGCUGUCGCAAAGACCUGAGACGGCAAGAAAAAUGUUGGUCCUGCUGCCAGACAUCAUGGAGACCCAGCAGAAUGCCAACAGUGGCAACAAGAUGAAGGCCCUGCUUGUCUUCAGAAAUGUGAUAGGUCAUAUGAAGAGGAAGGAGGCCAGCCCCACCGCUCUGCAGCUGGUGGACAAGCUCCCGCCACUCUUUGAUGAUCAGUCCAGCCAGCUGCGAGAGCUCUCCAUCUGCCUCUUCAGAGAUGUGAUGCAGACAGUGGUGGGGAACGACAAGCAGCAGAUGAGGAAGAACGUGCGGAGAAGCCUGCUCCCACUGUUCUUCCACAUGAGUGACCAGAGCGAGAGCGUGGCCAAGGCCUCUCAGGAAGCCCUCCUCGUCGCUGCAAAGCUGCUAAAGUGGAAACAGCUCAAGCGCCUGACCCAGACACAGCAGACAGGCAGAAUUGGGGAGUGCUUGCUGGUGCAGGACAGGAGCAGAGUUGAAGAAUAUCUGAGUCAGAGCCUGCCAUACUUGAAGGAUGCUCAGGUCACCUUGCGAGAAGCAGCCGUGAGGUUCAUUGGGCUUGCCGCACGGCACCUGAGGGACAAAAGCGAGGAGAAGCUGUCUGAGAUCUGCAACGCCCUCCAGCUUUUGGAGAAAGAUGCCGAACUCUCAGUCUCAUCCCUGGCAGCUGAGACCAUGCUGACCCUGAGAUCUCCGACGGAGCAGCCACCAUCGGGAUGGACCCUGUGGGCGCUGUGCUGCUGGCCCUGCAAAGCCGGGCAGAAAUGAAGCUCUCUUCAAGAAAAUGGCUCUUUUUGAUUAAAGCUGGAACCACAAGCCCAAGGCCAUGAUGGUGUCCUUCACGCAGGAACCACCCUGAGCAUGCUGAGCAGCCGGCGUUAUUCAGGCCUCUACCGCUGUGUGCAGGACAGCUCACCCCUCGGCACACCCUGGCCCCAAUAUUGUUUUAGAAUGUCCUCCCUCUGUUAGGCCUGCCCCCAGAAGAAGUCAUGUUUGUUCACCUCCUGCGGAAGUCUUUUCUCUGGGGAGGCAGAGGGCAAAAGGGAGAAGGAACCAGGAUUGCCCUGAGAGCUGCCUCACGCCCAGGCUUUCCAGCAGCCCGUGGCAGCACAGCACACACUGACCCAGCGUGUCCUCGCAACAGAGGCCCAGCUGCCCUGCUGGACUGCAAAACCUGGAGGUUUCAUCCUGGUGUUCAGACGUGGCCACCUCUGG